ACGUAGUCUAUGGCGAGUCUCCGAAGAAGCACAAAACAAACUUGACCGGUGUUUAUUUUUUUUAAACCAUUUUUUACGCUUUCGAAGAAGAACGCCGCAGUGAGAAUUUUCCGCCUUUUCCUGCAGUGUAUUCUUGUAGAGAUAAUAAAUAGGUCGAGUUUCGAUGAGAGGAAGAAAUGAGCCCGCUUAACUGGGGAGGAUCACCUUUGGAAAUGAGAGGACCGCCAAUGGCAAUGUUUGGCAUGCGGCCGCCACCUCCUAGAUUUGGCGGGAGGAUGCCGAUGCCGCCUCGACCACCACCGCCAAUGGGCGGAAUGUUCCCGCCAAUGCCGAUGCGACCCAUGAGACCACGGAUGCCUCCUCCAAGGCCAGGUACUAUAAUGCGACCGGGUGGUCCACUGCCCAUGUUUGGUCCCAGAUUCAAUUUUAUGAAUUUUGGUCCACACAUGGGGUUUCCAAUGAUGGGUCCAAGAGGGCCUCGUGGACUGCUCUUGAGACCUGGUCCUAGAGCAAUGCCUCCACCAAAGGUCCCACCAGGAAAUAACGCUCUCAAGAACAAGGCCAUUAAUGCCAAAAAAGCCGUCAAACUCGAGGAAAUUGAUUUAAAAAAACCGUGGAUGACUGUUGAAAUACGGAGUGAAAUCCAAAAGAAAAACAAACUUUACGCGAAAGCGAAAAAAAGUAAAGAUAGCAAGGAAUGGGAGGAAUUUAAAGAUUUGCGGAAUAAAGUAACGCGGAUGAUAAGAGACGCGAAAAACGUUAGUGAGAAAAAGUCUGAAAAUAAGGCAACAACGCCAGUACAAAAAGCUACCUUGAAUCAGGAAUCGUCGAAAGUUGAAAAAGUUCAAGAGUCAGCAAACGGUCAGGUUCCAUGCCCAGAAAAAGUGCAAGUUGCAGUCGCAGAAUGAUUAAAAUAGAAGUUUUCAUUUUCCUCAGUUGUAAAAAGUGAAAUUUUCAUCCGCCAAUUAGUUAUUGAAUAGAGGGGGUUAUUUUGUAAAUAUAUUUUUUUAUAUAGAAAAUAAGAGUGCUGUGUGCGUAAAGAUAGAAAUUCAACACUAAAGCUUUUUGAUGCCGGCCCUAUUGUAUCAUGUAAAAUCUUAUGACAUUGCUUGAAAGAAUGAGAUGUAAUUUAUUAUUGAGUGAAUUUAUUUCUAAAAUCUUUACAAAAUAUUGGUAUUACUAGUCUAAAUAUCUUUUCUUAAAUUUAAUCUUAUUGCUAUUUUUUGUUGUAAAAUUUUAAAAUCAUCCUCAAAACGAUAAUAGUUUUUCAAAACUGGAUGACUGUUUACAACAAAAAUUCUAUGCCUCAAUUCAUCACUGAAACGCUUUUGCCUUGGAAACUUCCAAUUCCAAAAUGACGUUUAUGCGUUUUGAAAUCGAUAAAUGGAAAAAAGAUCUCGUAAAAUUAACAAUAAUAAUAUUUUAUUUUAAAAAUACAAUCUGAAUAUUUUUAAGUUUAUAGAUUCGUUGAGAGUUAAAACUACAAAGGCAAGUGACGGCACUAGGCCUAAAAUUUUCAUGGCAAUUGACAAUAAAUAUACAAAUUUACAAUUCCGUCAAGCUAAGCGCAAAACGGCCUUCAACUGAGAAUAAAAUUACAGAAAACGUAGUUGUUCAUUUACGUUUUUUUCUUCAGACGUGACUCAUUAAGUUAUUUUCUUUUAUAUGAAUUUUCUUAAAUACUCAUCAAAUGUGUAUGCAAAUUUAAUGAAUGUACUCGCAUAAUAACCAAUUUUUCCACCCGCUUUUUGUUAAGUUAUAUGUAAAUUAUUCAAGUUCAAUAAAGAUGAUGAGAAUC